CGGUCGGCCGCAAUGAGGGUACAUGUGGUGUUGCUCGUGCUGCUGUGCAGCUUGCAGGGCCUGUUCUUUCAGAGAUCCACAGCAGACGAGGAAGUCAGUGGUAAGAUUUAUAAUGGUGAGGCGGAAUGGCUGCCCCAGCCCAAGCCCUGGGAGGACACGUACUGGUCUGGGACCGCCCCCCUGUGCCUCGGAGGCUGCAGGGGGCGCCACCAAGAGCUGAAGAGCGACCGCUGUGGGGACUCCAGCUGCUGCUGGGUGGGGUCCAAGUCCCUCUGCAGAGUGAACUGCGGCAGACCGGACGUGGACUACAACGGCGUGGUGACCGGUGACGACUGGUGGGUGGGCUCGCUGGUGAGGUACGAGUGCCGUGCCGGCUUCCUGCUGCUCGGAGACCCCACCAGAGUGUGCCAGUCCGACGGCCGUUGGACCCCAAAACCCUUCUGCCUGCGGAUGUGUCAGCGGGGACGCGUGGAGGUCAACGAGAGGGAGCUGAGCGGAAACUGCUCCACCACCUGCGCCAACAAGAGCUACUUUGGAAACCCCAAGCUAGGCUGUAGCCAUCUUGACAACUGUCAGAACAAGGAUACCGGCUGGAAGCGCUUCUUCUCCCAGUGUGUCCCCUGCGUCUGCGACUGCUCCAUAUCCUGUACAAACACAGUCAAACUGGAGAGGAAGAGAAACUGAGAUUACUGUCCCUUCCUGUCUUCUCUUCUUCUUUUUCACCAAUCAUCUCCUUCCCUUUGUCUCAGGUGAAAAUCAAAAUUAACUGACAUCAAUGAAGGUUUUGAACAAACUUAUUUAAUUGAUUUGUGGUCUGAAUUGUUUAGGUUGACUAAGAACAUUUAUGAAAUGAAUAAUUGACAAUCAAAACAUGAAUCUUAGAUAUAAUCUGUAGGAUAGCUUUGAUGGACUGACAUCCCUUUCGGAUUCUACCAGUUCUAUGCAUGCAAACAAUAUAAUAUUAAAAGCAAUAGUGUCAUAUAAUAAAUGCUAGUAAUUAGGACGAUUUUACUAAGAAGAAACUCAUAAAACAUAAUUGACACUAUGAGAGAUUUGCAGAUAUGUAGAUAUUUAUUAUUCUGCUGUGAGACAGACAUUUCUUGCUUUUUUAUUAUUAUUAUGAUGUUAGAUAUGUUUUAGAUAUGCAAAAGACAAUUAAAUG